AUGAUUAGUUUUUUUUUGGUAACUUUAGUAUUAGCAAGUUAUAAGGUAGCAGGAGGCCAUAAUAGACGUGCAUCUUGGAAACAAUAUGGGCAUGGUUAUGGUCAUGGGCAUGGUCAUCAUUUUGAUAUAGAUUCAAAUCAUCCUGUAUUUCAUCAUGUCGAAGGAAGAAAUAGCAGAGUAUGGGGGAAGGAUUUUGAUAACAAUGACCCAGACGAAUAUGAUACAAAUAGCUUUUGGGAUGACCUCGAUGAUUGGGAUAAUUUUGAUGAAGAUAAAAAUUGGGAAAAUUAUGGAGAUGAGAGAAUGUCAAAAGUUAGCAAUCGUAGAAAAGACAUCUACUGCACAUAUAAUACCGAGUCCAUUUGCUCUGGUAUAGGCAAACGAUUUAGGGAACUUCCUGGUUGUCGGAAAUUCGUAGAUUGCAAUCAUCCCGAGAAAGCAAUUUAUAUAUGCGGACGCCGUCAAAUCUUUCACCAGAAAACUCAAUUGUGCCAAAAUAUUAAUCGAAAUAUCAAAUGUCGUUGUUACAUAGAUACCACUACUCAGCAAACAGUAACUACACCUACUACAUCUACUCUUACAACCACCUUAACUACACUAUCCGUUACAACCCCCAUACAAACUACCACUACAACUACUCAGCAGCCAAUGACUACUGCUACUACUAAACUAACUACGACAACUCUAGCCCCCAUGAGUACUAAAGCUCUUUCCACUUCGCAAAAAAUAAUUAUUGGUACGACUAAGCCGAAACCCUAA